AUGAUUUUGCAUUUUUGGGGAGGAGGGCUGCAUUGUUUACCAACAGUCCUCCGCCCUGUCAGUUUGGGCACACUGCUCUGGAUGGCUGAGCACAACCAUCCAGAGCAGUGUGCUUACAGUGAAGCACCCCCCCGCCCCCCUAGUAAAACACUCCCAUCACACAGUUAACCCUUUGAUUGCCCCUCAUGUUAACCCCUUCCUGCCCAGGGCCAUUAGUACAAUGUCAGUGCUUUUAUUUUAGCACUGAUCACUGAAUUGGUGUCACUGGGGAUGUCAGUGACACCAAAUCAGUUCCCCCCAGUCUCAAAUGCCCGCCGCAGUCUCG